ACUUGGGGGCCGGGGGGAGGGCAGUUGUUUCUGUGGGGCAGUUGUUCCCCCCCCCCCUCAGACCAUGCAGCGAAGGCGUCGCCGAGGCCUCAGCACCCUGGGGGCUACAGGGCAGGGACUGGAGCGGGGACCCCCCCUCGCCAGCGACUCGGAGGACGACGAGCCACGCUGGCGCCCUCCCCUCAGAGACGCUGCGUCACCCCGAGUCGUGCCAGAGAGCAACUCGGAGGAGACAGAUGUUUGCCCAGAUGUUCGAGGCCCCCGAAAACGCCGCCACACCCCCGCGCCAGGCCACCGCCCGGGUGUGGCCUCGCCCUGCCCGGAUCUGGAUGGCAGAGGACCCAAAAAGCGCUGUUUCGGCCCCCAAACAGCCCCAGAUCCAGAUGUGGGGAGAAAAAUGGCUAUUCCAGAUGUUCCGCCCCCAAAUCACUCUCUGAACCCCAAAAAGGUUGUGAAUCCAGAUGUGAAGCGUUUGCAAGGCAACAACCUGACUCUCGAUGUUGAGACAGAUGUCAAAGUGCCCCCAGAAACUGCUCUUUUUCACCCAAACUGCCACCGAGUUGCCCUGGAGGUGAGCAGCAAUCCAGAUGUGGAGGAAAGGGCCCCAAAUCCAGAUGUUGGAGGCGCUAACAACAAAUCCCAGAUGCUCGUGGUGGACAGUGACACCGAUGUGGAGGAGGCUGAGGACCUUCCAGAUGUUGGGCACCCAGAAAUACGUAGAACGGCCCCAGACAUACAAAAAAAUCCAGGUGUGGAGAUGGAGCCCCCAAAUCCAGAUGUUGGCGGUCCCGAAAAUGGAUGCUGGAGACUUGGGGACAGCGAUACAGAUGUGGAGACAGAGAAGAACUCAGCUGUUGAAGGGCCCAAAAAUGAGCGUCGGGCACUGAUCGUGGACAGCGAUACAGAUGUGGAGGAGAACGGAGCCGAUCCAGAUGUUGGAUACACUAAACCCCGUCAAACAACCCAAAAUGUACCAAAAGACAAAAAUAUCGAGAUGGGGACACAAAAUGCAGGUGUUGAAGGUUCACAAAGGGGAACUCAGAUGCGUGUGGUGGACAGCGAUACAGAUGUGGAGGAGAAUGGAGCCGAUCCAGAUGUUGAAUACCCUAAAAGCCACCGAAUGAACCAAAACGUACCGAAAACCCAGACUGUUGAGGUGGAGACGCGAAAUGCAGGUGUUGAAGGUUCUCAAAAGGGUCAUCAGAUGCUCAUGGUGGAUAGUGAUACAGAUGUGGAGGAGGACACCUCCAAUCCAGAUGUUGGGUGCCCAGAAAGCCACAGAACAGCCCCCAGAGACCCAGAUGUGAAGACAGAGGCCGCAAAUGGAGACGUUGGAGGGCAACGGAUUCUCCUGAUGGAGAGCGAUACAGAUGUGGAGGAGGACGCUUCCAAUCCAGAGGCCGGGGCUCCGAAAAUCCGUCGAGCGACCCCAAACCUACCAAGAAACCCAGAUGUGGAGACGGAGGGUCCGAAUCUACGUGCUGAAGAGCCCCAAAACAAGCCUUGGACGCUUGUGGUGGACAGCGAUACAGAUGUGGAGGAGAAUGAGGUGAAGCCAAGCGUCGGGUGUCCAAAAAUCCAGAGAAUUACCCGCAAGGGCCCAGAUGUGGAGGCGACGAACCCAAAUCCAGAUGUUGAAGAACCCCAAAACGAACCUUGUGACCUCGAGGUAGACAGCGACACAGAUGUGGAAGAAGACAACCUCAGACAACGUCGCCUUCGUCCAAAAAGCCACAAAACACCCCAAAACACCCGGAAAGACCCAACCGUAGUGAUGGAGACCCCGAAUCCAGAUGUUGACGGCCUCGGCCGGGGCUCGGUGGCCUCCAGUGGUGACAGCGAUACAGAUGUGGAGGACGUCAACGCCCUUCCCAACACUGGAGCUCCAAAAACACACGGGGCGACCCGUGAGGUCGUGGAUACGGUAGCUAAGGUGGCCGCUGCUCCAGAUGUUGUCCCCAAGGGGGCGACACGGACUAAAGACGAUCCAGAUGUGAAGGCUACGUUCCCGACUCCAGAUGUUGGAGCCUCCAAAGCCCAGCCCCCGGUCCUGGAUGUGGACAGCGAUACAGAUGUCGAGGACAAUUGUGUCGUUCCAGAUGUUGGGGCAGUGCGAGGGUGUCGGGGGGCACCUGGCGACCCAGAUGUGGCAACAGCACCCCCAAAUCCAGAUGUUUCCUCUCCCACGAGCCCCAGGGGUGGCAGCAACACGGACACGGAGGAGGUGGCUCCCACUCCAGAUGUUCGGAGCCUCCGGACCCAUAUCCGGACCCGAAAUCGGCCCCAUCCAGAUGUUGAGGGUCCCACCACAGGCAGCGAUACCGAUGUGGAGGGGACAGACCCAAAACAAAGGAAAACAUCCCCAAAACGGCAAAGUUUAUCCCCAAAAUCACACGGUGACCCAAGCGUGGAGGGAAUGGUCUCAAACGGCCACGAUUCAGCCCCAAAUCCAGAUGUGGAGGCCUCGAAUCCAGAUGUCGGGGCCCAGCAACGCAACGGGGAGACCCCGGGGAAGGAUCGGGAUCCAGCUGUGCUGCCAGAUGUUUCAGCCCCCAAAUCCCCACGUCUGGCCCCAAAUUUGGGGGUCACCGGUGACGCUGAUGGUGGACCCGGGAGGGGCGAGGUCACCCCCGGAGGGGACGCGGGUGCGGCGGGGACAGAGAGCGACACCGACACCGAGGGUAAAUGGGUAGGGGAGGGGCCUCGCCGCAGCCAGCGCCUGGCCAGGAGCCGAGGGGGCGGAGCACAGGGGGGCAGCUGGCAGGGGCGGAGCACAGGGGGCGUGGCCCCUCCUGUCUCCGCCCCUGUGCGGCGCAGCCCACGCCUCCAGGCCCGCCCCCCUCCAUCAGAGCCGCCAGUCGUGAGGGGGCAGGGGCAGGUGGGGCCCCGCCCACCACCCAAGCCCCGCCCCUCACGGGUGGGUCCCGCCCCCUCUAAGAGGCAAGCUCAGGAGGAGGAGGAGCCACAAGAGGUCAUGAAGCCACAGCUCCGCCCCCACGGGGGACCCAGCUCAACCCCCCCAAAGGUGCUGUUCACGGGGGUGGUGGCCUCCCCAGCCAUGGAGGUGGCCCUGAAGACGCUGGGGGGGUCCUUGGCCACCAACGUCUUCGACUGCACCCACCUGGUGACCGACCGCGUCCGACGCACCGUCAAGUUCCUCUGCGCGGUGGCCCGCGGUGUCCCCAUCGUCACCCCCGAGUGGCUCCACAAGAGCGCCCAAAGCGGCCGCAUCCUGGUGCCGGGUCCCUUCCUGGUGCGUGACAGCCAGCAGGAGCGUCACUUCGGCUUCAGCCUGGCCCAGGCCCUGCGCCGCGCCCGCCGCCACCCCUUGCUCCAGGGCUACGAGGUCCACGUCACCCCCAACGUCCGCCCCGAGCCCGAGCACAUGAGGGACAUCGUCACCUGCAGCGGUGGCACCUUCCUGCCCACCAUGCCCCACACCUAUGGGCCGCGGCGGCUGGUGAUCUCGUGUGAGGCGGACGCGGGGCGCUGGGCCCCGGCGCUGGGCGCCCGCCUGCCCCUGGCCUCGGCCGAGCUGCUGCUGACGGGGCUCCUGCGGCAGCGCCUGGAGCUCCAGCCCUUCCUCCUCCCCCCGCCCCCCGAGACCCCCCCCGCCGCGACCCCCCCCAAUUCCCGCCCGACCCCCACCGCCCCGCCGAGGGCUCCUACAGCCCCUCCGAGGGUUCCUCGUCACCCCUCCAGGGAUGUCCAGGAACCCCCCGGCACUCCUGGGUCCUCCCGGGGGUCCGGGGAGGUGCUGGCACGAGCUCGGAGUCGACGAACCCCCCGGGACCCCCCCCGGGACCCCCCCCGGGACCCCCCCGGCACCCGGCGGCGCCCGGCGGCCCCCCCCACCCGCCAAUAAAGGGGUUUUUGGCAGUGAAAAACAA